CCUUACCGAGGAAACAAUGUCAUUAACCACUUUUUCUGUGAACCUCCAGCCCUCCUGAAGCUGGCUUCGGCAGAUACAUACAGCACAGAAAUGGCCAUCUUUGCAAUGGGUGUGGUAAUCCUCCUAGCACCUGUCUCCCUCAUCCUCACCUCCUACUGGAACAUUGUCUCCACUGUGAUCCAGAUGCAGUCUGGGGAGGGAAGGCUCAAGGUCUUCUCUACCUGUGGCUCCCACCUCAUUGUUGUUGUUCUCUUCUAUGGCUCAGCAAUAUUUGCCUACAUGAGGCCCAACUCCAAGAUAAUGAAUGAAAAGGAUAAAAUGAUUUCGGUGUUCUACUCAGCAGUGACCCCUAUGCUGAACCCUAUCAUAUACAGCUUGAGAAACAAGGAUGUGAAAGGGGCUCUCAGGAGAAUAACUUUAAAAUAG